CGCUGUGGUAGGCGGCGCGCUCCUCGGCAGGCGCGGGUUGGGGCCGGAGCGCCCCCGCCGGCGGCGCGGGUCGGCCUAGGGACCCGCGGGAGCUGCGCUGUGGGGAAGGGAGCCCUGCAGCUCCAGAAACUGAAGAGGAGGGGCCAGAAGGGCAAGCAUUCAGCGACCAGAAGUAUCACCUGUCUCUCUGCCACAAGGCAGAGCCUGCAUGACAGCGCACCAACCCCUCUAGACAUGGAAAUACACUGAUACAAUAGGCAGAAAGGAACACUCGCUGCGUCUCCCCAGUUCCGGGUGGCUUGAUUUGGGCGAUCUGAUUCUAACCUUAUUCCUGUGAUGGAGGAUUCAGGCAUCCAGCGAGGCGUCUGGGAUGGAGAUGCAAAGGCUGUUCAACAGUGUCUGACAGAUAUUUUUACCAGCGUUUACACCACCUGUGACAUCCCUGAGAAUGCUAUAUUCGGUCCCUGUGUCCUGAGCCAUACUUCCCUGUAUGACAGCAUAGCUUUCAUUGCUCUCAAGUCUACUGACAAGAGAACAGUCCCCUAUAUCUUCAGGGUAGACACCUCUGCGGCAAAUGGUUCCUCAGAAGGUCUCAUGUGGCUGCGGCUGGUCCAAUCGGCCAGAGAUAAAGAAGAGCAGAACCUUGAAGCCUACAUAAAAAACGGACAGCUGUUUUACCGCUCUCUCCGCAGGAUUGCCAAAGAUGAGGAGUUACUGGUUUGGUACGGGAAAGAACUGUCUGAGUUACUCCUGCUCUGCCCCGCUAGAUCCCACAACAAAAUGAAUGGGUCGUCCCCUUACACUUGCCUGGAAUGCAGCCAACGUUUCCAGUUUGAAUUUCCCUAUGUGGCGCAUCUGCGUUUCCGCUGCCCCAAGAGACUUCACAGCGUCGAUACAAGUCCCCAAGACGAGCAAGGCGGCGGCGUGGGCUCCAAGGACCACGGGGGCGGCGGCGGUGGCAAAGACCAGCAGCAGCAACAGGAGGCUCCCUUAGGCCCUAAAUUCUGCAAAGCGGGUCCCCUUCACCACUACCCAGCCCCCUCCCCCGAGAGCAGCAACCCACCCGCCGCAGCCGGCGGCAGCAGCGCGAAGCCAUCCACAGACUUUCACAACCUGGCCAGAGAGCUGGAAAACUCCCGUGGAGGCAGCAGCUGCUCCCCAGCCCUGAGCCUCAGCAGUGGCGGCGGCGGCCACCAGGAGGCAGAGCUGAGUCCCGACGGCAUCUCCGCGGGCGGCGGCAAAGGAAAGAGGAAAUUCCCGGAGGAGACGGCGGAGGGCGGCAGCGGCGGCGGCGCGGGGUUGGUAGGGGGCCGGGGCCGCUUCGUAGAGCGGCCCCUGCCGGCGUCCAAGGAGGACCUGGUGUGCACGCCGCAGCAGUACCGCGCCUCGGGCAGCUACUUCGGCUUGGAAGAGAACGGCCGCCUCUUCGCGCCGCCCAGCCCCGAGACGGGCGAGGCUAAGCGCAGCGCCUUCGUGGAGGUGAAGAAGGCGGCACGCGCGGCCGGCCAGCCGGAGGAGGCGACAGGCGACGGCGGUGGCGUCGCCGUCGAGGACCAGGACGCCGCCGCCGGCGGCACCUCCACGCCCGCAGCCGCGUCGCCAGCGGGCGCCGAGAAGAUGCUGGCCCCGCGGCCCGGGGGCCCGCUGCCCAGCCGGCUGGAGGGCGGCAGCCCCGCGCGGGGCAGCGCCUUCACCUCGGUGCCGCAGCUGGGCGGCGCGGCGGGCGGCGGCGCCGGGACAGGCGCGGGCUCCGGGAGCGCGGGCGGCGGGGGCGCUGGCCAGGGCGCCGCGGCGGACGAGCGCAAAAGCGCCUUUUCACAGCCGGCGCGCUCGUUCUCCCAGCUGUCCCCGCUGGUGCUGGGCCAGAAGCUGGGCUCGCUGGAGCCCUGCCACCCCGGCGACGGCGUGGGCCCCACCAGACUCUACCCUGCAGCCGCCGACCCUCUGGCCGUGAAGCUUCAGGGGGCCGCGGACCUGAACGGAGGUUGCGGGGCCCUGCCGAGCAGCGGCGGCGGCCUGCCCAAGCAGAGCCCCUUCCUGUACGCCACGGCCUUCUGGCCCAAGAGCUCGGCCGCUGCCGCCGCCGCCGCCGCCGCCGCUGCCGCGGGGCCCCUGCAGCUGCAGCUGCCGUCGGCGCUCACGCUGCUGCCGCCCUCCUUCACCUCCCUGUGUCUGCCCGCGCAGAACUGGUGCGCCAAGUGCAACGCUUCUUUCCGCAUGACCUCCGACCUGGUGUACCACAUGAGGUCGCACCACAAAAAGGAAUACGCAAUGGAGCCCUUGGUGAAGCGGCGGCGAGAGGAGAAACUCAAGUGCCCCAUUUGCAACGAGUCCUUCAGGGAGCGCCACCACCUCUCCAGGCACAUGACCUCGCAUAAUUGACACGGAAAGGACCCCGGCUUUCCAUGAGCGCACACGCACAGUCAAGCCACCUGCAGGAAUAAACACAAAAGAACAUCCACCACUUCCUCCUGCCCCAAACCCUGCACUCAGUACCCGCCACACACCUCUCACUCAAACACACGUCCCCAGCCCCCAGGAACCUUCAUUCAAAUGUCUACCUGGGACACGUGGAAAAACACACACACUCACGCGGGCCAGGAUGGUGGGUGGAUGUUUGACUGGGUGGGUUGAUUGAGGGGUUUUCUUUUGAAUGCACGCAUUUUCACUUUCCCAAAAACAAAGGUACAUUUUUAAAAUGUCAUAUAUUGCAACAUAUUGAUGCAUUUGUCAUACAUUUCUACUUAAAUUAUUAAGCACUUACAGUUUAGAUGUAAUAAUUAUAUGUAAGGGCAAAAUUUAUUUUAGAUAUAAAGGAGGAGGGGCGAGAUGCUUUCUGCAUUUCUUGAUGACAGUUUGUGUUCUUACAAAAAUAAACAAAAUGAAUAAAAAGAGGGUCAGCAUUCAAUUUGAGUUUCCAUGGGGAAGUGCAUGUAUAAUGAAAUGAUUAUGGACUUCAAUGAAGAAUGUCAUCAAUUAUGUAAAUACGUAUUUCCUUUUAAUACAAAGUGUAAUUUUGUGCCAGUGAAAUGAAGUCUGAAUAGUUAUGUGUUUCUUUUAUCCCUGGAAAGAUUUAUUAAACUUUAUAGUUUAUCUGGGUAUGUUGGAUGCUUUGACAAUAAAUGACUAUUUUCUUCAAA